GAUUAAUAAUCUAUGAACCUUUUUGUGGUUAUAGAUGGCUCCAAAACGGCGUGGGCGUCCCCCGAGGGCUAGCCAUAAGGAUCAGGGCACUCCUCCGAUCCUAGAAGCUAGUCCCCCUACCCAAGCUGCUCCGCAGGAAGGAGGGAUGAGCAAUCCUCAAGUGGCCAGCUUUGCUCGGGAACUUAUGGCAGAGAUAAGACGCCAAAUAUCUCCUGCCACAAGUGUACCACCUCCAUCCCCGGUGGUCUCCACUCCUGCGGCCCCUGCUCCGGUUUCCCCUGUUCCUAUCUCUUCUGCUCCUGCUGUACCUACCUGGAAGAUUUAUACCGAAUUCCAGAAGUUGAUGAAGAACAAGGGAUUCGAUGGUACUGCAAGUUUUGAGAAGGUGGAAUCAUGGAUUUCUGAGGUGGAGCGGGGAUUCUACCUGCUGCAUGUUUCCGAUGACCUUAAGGUCAAUGUAGGCACCUACAUGCUUACUGGGAAGGCGUUAACUUGGUGGGAGAGUUAUCGGAAGCUGCACCAAGGAGAGCCUGAAUUGAGCACCUGGGAUGGUUUUAAGAAGGUGUUCAUGCGGGAGUACAUACCGGACAGCAAAAGGCGAGAACUGCAAAGAGAAUUUGCAGAUUUAAAGCAAGGGUCAGGUACUGUUGAGCAGUACAAGGAGGAAUUUGACCGCUAUUUGCCUUUUGUGGGUGGCCAAGUCGGCGAUGAGCAAGCCAAGGCCGACAAGUUUCUGUGGGGCUUGAAUUCUGACAUUUACUUGGCGGUAAACCAAUUUAAACCCGCCACUUAUCGAGAGGCUGCAGACAGAGCCAUAGAUCAGGAGAAGGCUAUGGCUAGAGUCAAGCCCUCAGGGCAGCCUAGUGGUGGGUCAUCCCUUGGGAAGAGGAAAUUUGAGGGGAGCCGUCGGUCCCUUUUCCUUGCACCGCCUAGAGCCAUAGAUCAGGAGAAGGCUAUGGCUAGAGUCAAGCCCUCAGGGCAGCCUAGUGGUGGGUCAUCCCUUGGGAAGAGGAAAUUUGAGGGGAGCCGUCGAUCCCUUUUCCUUGCACCGCCUAGGUCUGAGAUCAGCAAGGGCUCUAGAUGGUCAGGAGCCACCAAGACAGUGAGUCAGGCAUCAUCGGCCCAGCGUGCUCGUCCCACUCAACUUGUUUGCCGUGCUUGUGGGAAGGUCGGGCACACCCGGGAUCAAUGCCACACUGCUACUGGGGCUUGCUUCAAAUGUGGCAAGCAGGGACACCGGAUUGCAAAUUGUCCACUGCUGGACCCCAAGGCCCAAAGUACUCAGCCUACCUCUCCGCAAAGUUCUACCAGAGGGGUGAUGACUACUAGGGAGGUGUGUAGGACUGUGGAUAUUUAUGUUGAUGGUAGACAGUUGAGUGCUAGUUUGUUUGUUUUAGACAUCUCUGAUUUUGAUAUCAUUUUGGGGAUGGAUUGGCUGUCUAAACACUUUGCCUCUAUAGACUGUCAUCGGAAAUGGGUAAUUUUUAAUAUUCCUGGUGAGCCAGAAUUUAGUUUUCAAGGCAGUGGUUCUUUUGCUCUACCCGUAUUAGUAUCUGCCUUGCAGGCUCAGAAAUAUCUUAUAAAUGGUUGCCAGGGCUUCCUAGUCUCUGUUACUGAUGCUAGUAGUGUGACAUCGAGAUUAGAAGACAUACCGGUGGUGCAUGAGUUUCCGGAUGUAUUUCCGGAGGAUCUCCCAGGUUUACCUCCGGAUAGAGAGGUUGAAUUUGCUAUUGACCUUGUUCCUGACACCGGACCCGUUUCCAAAGCACCAUACCGUAUGGCUCCUGCAGAAUUGAAGGAGUUAAAGGUCCAGCUGGAGGAACUCCUUGAGAAAGGGUUUAUACGCCCUAGUGUAUCACCUUGGGGAGCUCCAGUGUUGUUUGUCAAGAAGAAGGAUGGGAGCAUGAGGCUAUGCAUUGAUUACCGGGAGUUGAAUAAGGUGACUGUGAAGAACCGGUAUCCCCUUCCUAGAAUUGAUGACUUGUUUGACCAGCUCAAGGGUGCUCAGGUAUUUUCUAAGAUUGAUCUUCGAUCUGGCUACCACCAGGUGAAGAUUAAGCUGGAUGAUGUGCCAAAGACUGCCUUUCGCACCCGUUAUGGUCACUAUGAGUUCAUAGUCAUGCCAUUUGGCUUGACAAAUGCCCCUGCUAGAUUUAUGGAUUUGAUGAAUCGGGUAUUUGGCAAGUACCUAGACCAGUUUGUGGUUGUUUUUAUCGAUGACAUUUUGGUCUACUCUUCUAGCCAUGCUCUUCAUGAGAAGCACUUGAGGACAGUCCUCGAGACGUUGAGAAGGGAGAGGCUGUUUGCUAAAUUCAAGAAGUGUGAAUUUUGGCUAGAUAAUGUUGCAUUCCUAGUUGUGUGGGUGUUUGGGUUGUCAAGGACCAAGAUGCCGAAGGUGGGGGAUGGGUUUCGGCGAAUUGAGAAAUGGGUUUUGGUUGAUGAAUUGUGUAGGAAAUUAGGGGGUUUUGGCUGUUGUGUGUGUGUGUCCAUGAGGAAAGGGGAGAACCCCGUGAGUUGGCCAUUUUUGUCAAGGCCGGUUCCCCCAUUGCUUGUCCAUGAAAUUGAGGAAAAUGGUCCUUGUUUGCCCUGUGGUCUUAGCACUUGGAUUAGGCCUCCUGUUCUGCGUGACUAAGGUAAGUAAAUUAUGGUAAAGCCCGUAAAAUUUUGAAGCAUAUUUUAAUUGUUUUCUGAGAUGGUGGCGAGGUUUAAAUGGAUUUAUUCGCAUUUGAGCAUGAUUGAAAAGGGAAAUUAAACUUUUAUCAUUUUCCUUAUUUUCUAGAAUUAAGCAUGCCACAUGAGAUCCUUUUGAUUUAUUCUUGAAAGUGAGAACGAUUGUGAAUUUCGGUUUUGUUUGUAAAGUUUGCUUGGUUUUGUCUCUAAUAUGGUCGUGAAAAUCGUGUGCCCGCUAGUGGGAGGUUUAUAAACGCUAGCACAUGUCGACAUGUUCGUGAUAGAACCAGUUCGCUCGUGGCCCUACUAGUGGGGAUUAUACACUAGUAACUUCUGUAGCCUGCCAGUGGGAGGUUUAUAACACUGGCCAUGACUAAUAGAGGAGACCACUACGUGAUUUUAUUUUGCAUUAAUGAUUUGUGCUUGAAAUGCUCUGUUCUUGACACGCUCUGUUCUUGAAACGCUCUGUUCAUGUUUUAACCAAUUAUUUGGCAUGCUUUAAAUCCUGAUUCGGGCACCCAUGUUUACUUACUGAGAUAUUUUAUCUCACGGUUUCCUUGUCCACCAUUUCAGGUAGUGAGACCCAACGCGUGGGAACCCCGGGGGAGUGACGAGCUAGACGGCUAGGCAUUUUUGGAGUUAGUUCUGUAGCUAGGCCGUUAGUCACCCAUGCUGACUUAGGAAUUUUGUGUACAGAACUCCUGUAGUGAUAGUAAGGAUUGUAUAAAUGAAUCAUAACUUUUUGUACACUUUGACAGGUAAAUGUGUAGAAAGAAAAUGAAAUUAGAUAUGACCU